ACACUUUUCCAAAAUAUCCUCACCCUUUCCGAUUUUCGGCGAGCGUUGAGUUCGACACUCUUCCCUCUCUCCGGUCAGCUUCGGAGGAAAAAAAAAAAAAAAAAACUCUGUUUCAGCCGUCGCUGUCUUAGGAGUCCAUUGCUGCGCUGUCGCUGGUGUCCGUCGCAGCUGGUCGUCGGUGCCCGUCACACCCUAGGUUUCUGUCCUGUUCUCGGCAUCAUCGUGGGUGAUUUUUUCUUCCUCUGUUUUCGGGUUUUGUAUCAUAAAAUUUGGAAUGGGAGAUUCUGAAGUUGGUGGUAAAUUGACGAGGAUGGUGUUUGUUACUGUGGGAACAACGUGUUUUGAUGCUUUGGUUAGAGCAGUGGACACUGAGCAAGUGAAACAAAUACUAUAUGCUAGAGGCUAUACCCACCUUCUCAUUCAAAUGGGACGUGGUACAUACAAUCCAACCAAGUCCCAUGGAGAAGAUGGGCUUGUUGUAGACUAUUUCUCCUUCUCUUCAAGCAUAGCUGAUCAUCUAAAAUCAGCAUCUCUUGUAAUUAGCCAUGCUGGGUCCGGAAGCAUAUUUGAGACGUUGAGACUGGGUAAACCUUUGAUUGUUGUAGUAAACAAAGAUCUAAUGGACAAUCAUCAAAUUGAACUUGCAGAAGAACUAGCUGAAAGGAAGCAUUUGUAUUGUGCUCGUCCCCAAACACUACAUCAGACUAUAGAGAGCUUGAAUUUGGAGUCUAUAAUUCCAUACACACCAGGUGAUGCUAAACCAGUUGCCGCGCUCAUUAAUAGGUUUCUAGGCUUUCCAGAAGAUUGAUGAAGUUGUAAAGCUUCUUUCUCCAAAUUAAAACUCUUUAGUUCUUGAGAUUAUCAAUGUUAGUAGCUUCUCCAAAACCCCAAGAGAAACAAAAUUUUGGCUUUUCCUCGUUACUUUUUCAAACAAUCAUCCUGUCAACUGUGAGCAUAAGUUGGCUUCCUGUACUUUUUCAUGAACCAACAAUAUCUAUCCGAAAGCAGCGACAUCGAUGACUCUACAAUUACCCAUCUACAUGCUGGCCAGGUCAUAGAUAUCUUCAGUCAGUUUUGACAUUUUCCAGAAAGUGGUAGAGAAGGUAACUUUUGGUAUCAAUUAUAAUUUUUGAGCAUGUGAGUGAUGCUGAUUGAUCAGCAAUUGAGAGAUUUUAAGAUCAUUGAGUCUUCGAUGUGAUGACAAAUUCACAUAAGCCAAAUUUUGGAUGGCAGUCAUAUUUGGAAGAGAUGAGCUUUUUACUUUAUACUAUCUGCAUAAUUUAUAUUAUACUUUGAGUUGGAAGUUCAUGGAAAUUAACUCAUCUUCAUUCUUUCAAGGCCAGCUAAUCUCUUAUGUACAACAAAAUAACUAAGCAACAAUAUGACAUAUCUUGUGAGCUCCAGUUCAUCAUGUUGAAUAGCAGAGAGUUGAGAGGGACUGUUAAAGAUAGGAGACAAAAUUCUACACAUGCUGAUGAUGAUAUUUGACAAUGGAGAGUGGGGCCAUCUAAGCUAAGGUAGCAAUGUCAAUUUCAAAUGUUUUGUAGAAUUAAAGGUUUGUUCAUAUUGAUUUGUUAUAAGAAAUUGGUGUUAAAGUGUUGUUUACUCAAUAUUUUUGUGUGAUUUAAAGCUUUUUGUUGAAGUUGAGAUUAAA